AAAAUGUGGAACCAUGUCAAGCACCUCGAGUCGCAGCUGGAGAUUCUUGCUGCUUCUCAUGUACCUGGUGCAGCUGCCGAGCGGUAUAACUCGGAGCUGAGCAAGACUGUCUCUCACUUGGCAAACAACCCGGAUACGUCGGGUAUGUCCUCGUCUAUGCUUCAGCCGCAGCAUGAUGUGUCGAUGAACGCUGGCGAGAACGGCGACGAUGAUCGCCAGCUGUGGUCGGCCUGGGACAUGCGGCUCAAUAUCGGCAAGGCUGUCGGCGCGUGGUUUGGUGGCGAUGACGCUGACGCUGCCUCUGACUCCGAGUCGGCCGGCGGCUCGGCGAGCUCCAACGCUGUCGGGCCCGCCCCGCUCGACCUCGGCGCCGACGCCUCCAAGUCGUCCGGCGCUGCCCUUCCGUAUGAGGAUGUGCUCGAGCUCAACAAGCGGCUCUCAGUCAUUGACGCCCUCGACCAGCUUGUCCAGGGCCUCACCUCGUCGCGCUCCCGCUGGCAGAGCGACCUCUCGCGGCUGCAGGCCUCAACCGACCGCGCCCGCGCGAACCCGGUCAACGCCAACUCGACCGCGUUCAAGGAGUCGGUCGCCCUCAAGCUCAACGCUCUCAACUCGUCGUUCCUCAAGCGGACCGACGCCACCCUCCACGACGUCGUCUCCACAGCAGACAUCUGGGGCGAGCACGCGUCGAUGGCCGCCCAGCUCGAGGAGAUGUCGGCGCAGCUGACUGAGUUUGGCGAGCGCCUCCGGAAUGAGAUGGACGCCCGCGCCCAGCUCACCCACCAGGCCUCCGACCUUGCCCAGCGCCUCGGCGACGAGCAGAACAAGACCCUGGUACUGGAGAACUCGGGCGAGAAGGAGAGCGCCACCCGCCUUCAGCUCGAGCAGCAGGUCUCGCUCCUCUCCGACGAGCUUUCGGCUGCCAAGAACAACACCCUGGCUCUCAAGAACAAGCUCUCGGACAUCGAGGCUUCUCUCCACGCCGAAAAGAAAUCCAGCGCCGCGCUCUCGUCCGAGCUCACCGCCGCCCGCGACGAGACCCGCGACGUCUCGCUCUCGCUCGACCGCCUCACCAAGCAGCUCGCGUCGGAGAAGCAGCUCCGCGACAAGGUCGCCCGCCAGGCCGCAGACCUGCAGAUUGAGCUCACCCGCGCCCUCGAGUCGGCCGAGCUCGAGCGUAACACCGUGUCCGACCUCAAGUCCGAACUUGCCGACGCCAAGGCCACGAUCCGCUCGCAAACCGCAGAGUCGGACGUCUCGGCCGAGAAGCUCAACGACAAGCUCAUCGAGGUCACCGAGCUCCGUCUCAAGGUCGACGAGCUGCUUGCCCUCAACUCUGAGCUCGAGUCGCGCCUCAUCGAGGACGAGGCCCAGAAGGACUUCCUCGACUCGCAAAAGCUGCUCCUUGCCGAGAACGUCGAGGCCGUGCGCCGGACCCACGCCGCCGAGCUCUCUGCCGCCAACGCCAAGAUCGACUCGCUCACCGCCGAGAACAGCUCGCUCGCCGACCAGGUCGACAUGCUCUUUGCCGAGCUCGACGAGCUACAGAAUCGCGAGGAGACCGACAUGACAAUCGCCGAGCUUCGCCGCAUGCUCGCCGAGGCGCUUUCCGCCAAGAAGGACAUGGACGGCCUCGUCGUCUCGCUUCGCACCGAACUCGCAGCCGCUGAGGACGCGCUCGCCGACACCAAGCUCGCCCACGAGUCGGAGCUCGCUCUCGCCAAAUCUUCGUCGGCCUCGGCCGUCUCGCAAGCCAAGUCGACGGCGUCCGAAGUCUCGGCGCUCAAGGAAACCAUCGACGAGCUUAAGAACGCCCUCCACAUGGAGAACAAGAAGCGCGUCCAGCUCAACGGGACCAUCGACCACCAGCGGUCGCAGAUCGAGGAUCUCAAGAAGAUCAACGCUGUCAUGGAGGCCGAAAAAGACGUGCUCCGCACCGAGCUCACCGAGUUUGAGCAGGAUCUUGAGAAGGAGAUCCACGCCCACGCCUGCAAGCGUGAGGAGCUGGCCAAGAUGGAGCGCGAGCGUGACGACUGGAUCGCCAAACACGCCCACGAGCACACCCUCCUGCUCGACGCCCUCCGCGCCCGCGACGCCGCCCUCGCCGACAAGUCCGAGACCGAUAAGCUCGUCUCCGAGCUCUCGGUCGCCCAGUCGUCAGUCGCCCACACCUCGGACGACUACAAGCGCCAGCUCGAGUCGAUGACUCGCGAGCGCGACUCGCUCCUCGCCGCCCGCGAGGACGUCCUCACCGAGCUCGCCGCCCACCAGGCCCAGUACGACGAGCUUGCCGCCAUCCGCGUCUCUCUCGAGUCGGCGCUCAACGACGCCAAGCGCGACCUCGGCCUCGCCCACUACCAGACCGCAGAGCUGACCAAGAAGCUCGAGGACGCCAAGCGUGAGGCCAAUGGCGCCAACCAGCGUCUCGAGCAGGUCCGCGCCUCCAAGGCCGCCCUCGAGGCCCAGAUCGCCCACACCCGCAACAAGCUUGAGGUCGAGGCCGCCGAAAAGUCGCAGGCCACCGUCCACUCGGUCACCCUCGAGCGCAACAUUGCCAAGCUUCAGGAGGACCUCGCAGAGACUAAGGCUUACCUUGAUGCCGAGGAGAAGAAGACCUUCAAGCUUCAACAGGAGCUCGACUCGACCGCAGAGUCGCUCAAGCUCAAGACCAAGGCCUACGACGAGGUCAAGGUCAACUUUGACUCGGUCCUGCGCGAGAACCAGGACCUUGUCUCCGAGGCCCGCGGCCUCGAGGAUGAGCUCUCGCUCCUCCGCCGCAAGCUUCAGACCGACGUCGCCGAGAAGGACGCGCUCGCCCGUGCCUGCGAGACCAAGGACGCCGAAAUCGCCCGCUACCGCGCAGACGUCGAGGAUCUCACCGCCCAAAAGUAUGCCGUCGAGCAGGAGCUGGCAAAGGCCAACGCCUCGAUCUCGGCCUCGGGCCGCGACAAAGCCACCUUUGAGCUCGAGAAGAUGUCGGUUGCCCAGCAGCUGGCAGACGCCAACAAGCGCCUCGAGCUCAAGGCCGCAGAGCUCGACGAGACCCUCGCGGCCUGGCGCGCCGAGAAGGACCGCUACGAGGCCCGCAUCGUCGACCUCGAGGCCAAGCAGUCGCAGGCUCUGGCCAACCUGCAAAAGUCUCUCGACGCCGCUUACGACCAGAUGGAGUCGAUGACGUCGCAGACCCAGCUCAAGUACUCGGACCUUGAGGAUGAGAUCAACCACUACAAGAAGCAGCUCCACGCCGCCCUGGUCCGCGAGGAGUCGCUCGUGGCCGAGUCUGCUGCGCUCAAGCAGACAGCCGACUCCGCCACUGGCGACGCCGCCGCCGCCGCUGCCCGCCAGGACAAGGCCGACGAGGAGCUGCGCCACACCCAGCUCAAGCUGACCAAGGCCGUCACCUCUCGUGACAACGCGCUCUCCCGCGUCGCCAAUCUCGAGGACGAUCUCCGCGAGCUCACCCGCUCCAACAACGCCCUCACCUCGGCCCAUGACGCGCUCGUUCUCUCCGAGGCCGCGCUCCGCGAGCGGGUCGAGGCUGUUGAGGCUGAGCUGCUCGAGAAGAAGCGAACGCUGCGGGUCUCCAAGGAGGAGGUUGCUCAGCUCGAGAACGACGCCAAGACCGCCGCCCUCGAGAUCGCCCGCCUCUCGGCCAAGCUCGAGUCCGACAAGUACGCCGCCGAGCAGGCUGCCGCGUCCCUUGCCGACGCCCGCGCUACCAGUGCUACCCUCGCCAAGGAGAAGGACUCGCUCAAGCUUGCUGCUGACGCUGCCCUCGCAGAGGUCGACGGCUACAAGGACAAGUGCAAGGAUCUACUCCAGUCCAUCUCGGACCUGACUGUCGAGCGCGACGCCCUCAAGGACCAGCUUGCGCAGGUCUCCUCGGCCCACAGCGCGCUCCUGGACUCGUCCCGUGCCACCGAGGCCCGCGUCGAGACCUCGGCCGCAGACGCCUCAGACCUCAAGCAGAGACUAGAUCGGACCAAGGAUGCCAACAUGCGGCUGCAGACCGAACUUGGCGAGGCGCGGGUGCGGCACUCGGAGCUGUCGAGCAAGAUCCUGGAGAUGGAGCGGGCAAUGGGCGAUGUCCGGCGCGAGGCGGCGCUGGCGCAGCAGGACGUGAUGGACGCCAACGAGAAGACGUCACGGGUGGAGGCCAAGCUCGAGGCUGCGCGUGAGGCGCGGGCCGAGGCGCGGGCUGAGCUGGAAAAGGUGCGUGAGGAGAAGCGCUACUUGCAACUGGAGCACAACCAGACAGCCCGCGAGCUCAAGUUUGCGCAGUCGCAGAUUGCCGAGCUCCAAGCCGCAGUUGAGUCUGAGAAGCGGGCGACGGUGAGCGCGCGGGCGGACGAGGAUGCGGCGAAGCAGCGUGCGGCGGCCAAGAUUGCCGAGCUGGAGAGCCAGAUCUCUGCCGAGGCCGACAAGGUUGCGGCGUUUAACGCCGAGACGCAGCGGGCUGUGGCUGCCGAGGCGCGUGUGGCCGAGCUUGACGCCGAGGUGGCCGAGCUCGACGCCGCGGUCCGUGCCGCACGCAACGAGCUGCAGGCGUGCGAACUGGGCAAGAGUCGUGCCGAGAAGCAGGCGGCCGAGAGUGCGACGGCGCUGGAGCGCGAGAUCGCGCGGCGGACCGCGGCCGAGGUCCAGGUCCUCGAGCUUACCAAGGCUGCCGAGGAGGCCGGGGCGCGGAGCUCAACUUCGACGGCCAACCUCAACCGGCGGAUCCGCGAGGCUGGCCUAGCGGCGGCCGACGCAGAGCGGGCGCUUGCGUCGGAGAAGCUGGCACGCACAUCGGAGAGCCAGGCAGCAUCGGAGCGCGAGUCUGGGCUCAACGCGCAGAUCGAGUCGCUCUCGGCGCUGCUCGACUCGGAGCGCGAGCAGCGAGCAGAGCUCAACGAGGCGCUGGUGGCUGAGCGUGAGAAGGCCGUGGCCGCCGAGGCGCAGAUCAAGUCGCUGACGCGGCAGUUGGAGGACGCGUCGGACGAGGUCGAGUCGCUGCAGGCGGACCUCGAAGCUGCGCAGCAGGUGCAGGAGACGAUCAAGGACGCGUCGUUUGCGCAGAUCUCGCAGUUGGAGGGCAUGCUCUCCGACGCGACCCACAGUGUGGAGGCCGCGCAGCGUGAGAUUGCCACUACCAAGGCGGCCCUGGAUGCGUCCCGGCAGGAGGCGGCGACGCUCGCGGCACGGUCGCAACUGCUGGAGGAGGAGCUGGCUGAGGCGUCGAGCGCGAGCAACGCGGCGCUUCAGUCGUCGACUAGCGUGCACCAGGGCGCGCUCGCGGCGGCGCGUGAGAACAUGAACGAGCUGGCGACCAAGCUCAACGAGGCCAAUAAGGCACGGCGCGAGGCCCAGGCCAAGAUCGAGCUUCUGGAGGCCGAGUGCGAGGCACUCAAGGACGAGGUAGACAACGUGCACGAGACGUCGGCCGAGGCAUCAACGGUGGCCGAGGCCGAGGCCGGCGAUCUUGCGGCGCAGGUCCAGGAGCUUCAGGCCAAGCUGCUCGAGGCGCAGCGCGCGAUGGAAGAGAAGGACGCCGAGUAUGCGGCGCUGGAGGACAAGGCGGCCGAGGCGGCCAAGAUGGCCGAGAUGACGCAGAACCAGCUGUGGUCCAAGAUUGAGUCGCUCCACACCUCGGUUGGCUCCUCCGAGUCGCAGGUGGCCUCGCUCCAGCAGACGCUGGAGAAGGAGGCCAAGCUUGAGCGCGAUCUGCAGUCGAAGAUUAUUGCACUCGAGGGUGCAGAUGCGAAGCUCCGGGCGGUGCAGAGCGAGCUGGAGGAGGUGACGCUCGCGCACGGGACGCUUAAGGACCGGUUUGCGGCGACUAAGGACGCGCUGCGCGCUGCCGAGGCCGAGGCCAACGCGUUGCGUGCCGCGUCGACGACCGACGCCGACGAGGUGCUGGCCAUGAAGGCCAAGCUCCGCGAGACCGAGGACGCGCUUCAGGCUGCGGUCAACGCAGUCAACGUGGCAAUCGAGGCGACGGCGCCGGGCGCCGCGGCCGGAGCCGGGACCGGGGUCGAGGCCAAGGUCGACGCGCUGGUGGCCGAGAACGCGCGGCUGGCCGGCGAGGUGACCUCGCUGCGCGAGCACGUGCAGCAGCUGCGGAGCAAGAACCGCGAGCUUUCUGUGGCCAACAACACGCUUCGUGCAGCCGGGCCUGUGGCUGCCGCCGAGCAGGCUGCGCACGACGAUAUGAUGACGUCGGAGCUGAAGGAGCUUCACGCGCGGGCGACAGCGGCCGAGGCCGAGCUGCACGGCCUCCGGGCGACGCUGCUCGACACCAAGUCGCGGGCUAGCGUGGUGAAGGACGAGUCGGCGACGCUGCGGGCACAGGUUGCGCGCGAGCAGGCGCGGGCAGACAAGGCCGAAGCGCAGGUCAAGGCGCUCGAGCGCAAGAUGCUCAACCGCUCGGGCUCGAUGGGCUCGCUCAAGGGCGAGCGGUCGUCGAGUGACGCGGAGACCAUCCGGUCGCUCAAGAAGCGGAUUGUGCAGCUGCAGCGUCGGCUGGAGAGCACCGACGGUGGCAGCGGAAGCGCGCCGGCUGGCGGCGAGUCAUCAGGCUCAGAGGCGUCGCGGAAUGCGGCCAAGUACAAGGCUGAGCUGCGGGCGGUGCGGACCGAGCGCGACGAGGCCGAAAUGCAGAUCCGCGAGCUCAAGGUCAAGGUCUCCAAGCUGUCGCGGCAGCUGCAGGCGGCGUCCAAGGACCGCGAGAAGCUCAAGGUCGCGCACAAGGAGGAGAUCGCACGCCUCAAGGAGGGCGAGGUGAUCAUGAUGAUGAUGGCACAGAACGAGGACCUCUCGCGGACGACCGAGGUCGCCAAGGCCGAGGCCGCCAAGCUCCGCAAGCAGCGCAAGGUUGACACCAACCGGAUCCACGAGCUCGAGCACCAGCUGAGCUCGCUCAAGAAGGACAAGGACACCCUGAUGGCGUUCCAGACCGAGUCGCUCAUCGCGCUCGAGCACGAUACCGACGAGGUGCGCGCGCUCAAGACCCGUGUUGUCACGCUCGAGCGGCAGCUCGCCGCCGCGCAGGCCAGCGAGGACAGUGCUGCGACGCCGCAGCGGCGGCGGCCGCGACAAGCCGCACCGCUCUCCGCGGUCGACGACUCGGAUGACGACGGCACGCUCGCCGCGCUGGACGCCGAGAUCGAGGCCUCGACCCAGGAGAUCGACGCCAUGGCCGAGCGGAUGCGGCUGCGGGCCGGGGACUCAAGCCGGCGCAUCGAGACCAGUGACGAGUUUGCGUUUUGACAAAGUAAAGCGGGUGCUGCA